UCAGCAGUGGCUCCGCUCACCCUCUCGGGCACAUGCUGAGGGUGUGUCUUCCCUUGCCCAGAGAUGGCCAACGAAGUGACCUACGCCAACCUGAAGUUUCAGGAUUCCUCCAUGGCCCAGAGGAUCCAGAAGUUUGACACCAUCCAAGAAAUAGAGCACCCUGCCCCAUCUCCUGCGUGGCGCUGGUCUGCGCUGGGUUUGCUCACCCUCUGCUUGCUGCUGCUGAUUGGACUGACAUCCUUGGGGAUCCUGUUUUUCCAGGAAAAGAAAAAUAUCCAGCAGUUGAAUGGGGUGAAGGAAAACUUGUCACUUCAGCUGGACAUCAGUGCAAAUAUCUCUAAGGAGAAGGACUUGAUCCAGUCCGAUCUUUCAGAUGCCCUGAAGAAGAUGGCCACCAAACUCUGCAGAGAACUGACCAGAAACAAGCAAGAACACGCCUGCAAGCCCUGUCCAGAGAAGUGGCAAUGGCACAGGGAUAGCUGCUAUUGGAUAGCUCGUAAACUCAACUUGGAGAAGAGCAGGAAGGUCUGUGCUGAAAACAACUCCAGCCUGGUGAAGAUUGAUAACAAGGAAGAGUUGGUCUUUGUAGCAUCCAAGCUAAACCCAUACUACUGGGUGGGUUUAUCCCGAAACAUAAGCAGCGGCCAGUGGGUGUGGGAAGACGGCUCAACUCUAUCUCCUGAUCUAAUUGAAAUAUUCCUUGAGAGGAAUGAAAGAGACUGGAAGUGUGCUUAUGCCUAUUUUCAUGAAUUUCUUCUGGAUAAUUGUGCUGGAAGUCAUCCCCUUAUCUGUGAGAAGGCAGCUGGUCCUGUGAAGAUGGAACUGGUGAAUUACGCAGUGAAUAUGAAAGCAGGGGCAAGCUAAGCUGGACACGGAAGAUCUCGGUGGGAAUCUGAAGGCCAGGAUUCAUUCAAUCGUAUUUAUUGAGAGCUUACUGUGUGCAGUGCACUGUACUAAGCGCUUGGGCAGAGAUGGUUGCUGGGGGUUUUGCUGGCUUUAUCCCCUCUCAGCCAGAACUGUCACUGUUAAGGCACUUCCUGAUUGGUGGUUCCUUGCCUUUCUCCCAAAACAUCUCAUUUCUCCCUGUCCCAGGUAUCACCUUCCAAGCCUUCCUGCCUACUCCACUCCAGGGGCCUUAUCCAAAUGCUGGCUUUUUCCUCCCUCCCAAAACACACACACACAUACAAAAAAAACCCCACACACAAACACACAAGCAUCCUGAUGGUCCAGGCUUCUCACCUUCUUAGGACAAAUUCCUGGAUAGUCACCUCUCCACUCCUUAGGUCCCUUCCUUGAGGGAAACCUACAUUCCAUAGGACACUAUUUACUCUCACUCUCC